UGUUUCUGUUUUUUUAGAUAACUAAAUCCUUAUUACUUAGCUACCAUAGUAUGAAUGACAUGUAUUUGAUAGAUACAAAAUUGAUAGCUAAAGGGGUUUGUUAAGAACUUUAUGAACUACAGGGACUAAAAACUUUAACUCUAUGGGAGUUCAGGGAUUUAUUAGAAAUUAUUGAAAGUCCAGGGAUUAAGUAGACACAAACAGAUCAAACUUAUAAUUCAACCAUUUCUCUUCCCUCAUUAGUAUCUCCUUUAAUUAUUGUGUUGCUUUAUUCUUUUGUCCUUACUCUCAAUUUUAAGUGAAAUGUUGCUUUGUCCAUCCAUUUGGUGGUUUUUGAAUUUUCUCCUUGCCACACUGCACAUGUCUCAUGUAUUGCGCAUCAUUUUCAGUAUAAAAUAUGGACCUUUCAAGCCAUUUUUUGCCAUUUCCAACCGUUUUACAGCUUAUUUCUCUGUUGUUAGAUAAGCAUCUCGAUUCACCAUAAUGUCAGACCUUGAGGCCUCGAAGCCACAAAAGAGGAAGAAAGGCUGGGUGGACUUCUUGGUUAACUUUCGAUGGAUUAUAGUUGUUUUCGUUGUUCUUCCUUUCUCCUUCGGUUUCUACUUCGUCCAAUAUCUUGGGGACAAACGAUCGGAGAGGAAGUCCUACAAGCAACGGCAGAUUGAACAUGGAGAAAACGUCCAGAAAGUUGUUGAACGUCUCAAACAAAGAGACCCUCUGAAGGAUGGUCUUGUCUGCACUGCCCGCAAACCUUGGCUUGCGGUCGGAAUGAGAAACGUUGACUACAAACGAGCACGACACUAUGAGGUUGAUCUAUCAGCUUUCCGAAACAUACUUGAUAUUGACAAGGAGAGAAUGAUCGCAAAAGUCGAGCCCCAUGUCAACAUGGGACAAAUCUCUAGAGCCACAAUUCCCAUGAACCUUUCACUUGCAGUAGUUGCUGAGCUCGAUGAUCUCACAGUUGGUGGCCUCAUCAAUGGCUAUGGCAUUGAAGGAAGCUCCCAUAUCUAUGGCCUUUUCUCCGAUACCGUUGUGGCCUACGAAAUCGUUCUUGCAGAUGGCAGGGUCGUAAGAGCCACCAAGGAUAACGAAUACUCAGAUCUUUUCUUUGGCAUCCCAUGGUCUCAAGGAACUCUGGGCUUUCUUGUGUCUGCUGAGAUCAAGCUUAUACACAUAAAGGAAUAUAUGAAGCUUACAUACACACCUGCAAAAGGCAACCUACAGGAGAUAGGACAGGCUUAUAUGGAUUCAUUUACGCCUAGAGACUUGGAUCAAGAUAAUCCCGAGAAGGUUCCCGACUUUGUGGAAACCAUGAUUUAUUCUCCUACCGAAGCCGUGUGCAUGACAGGGCGAUACGCAUCCAAAGAAGAGGCAAAGAAGAAAGGGAAUGUGAUCAACAGCAUUGGCUGGUGGUUCAAGCCUUGGUUUUACCAGCAUGCUCAAAAGGCAUUAAAAAAGGGGGAGUUUGUGGAAUAUAUCCCAACAAGAGAGUACUAUCACAGGCACACCAGAUCUCUGUACUGGGAGGGAAAGCUUAUUCUUCCGUUCGCCGAUCAAUGGUGGUUUCGGUUUCUAUUAGGAUGGAUGAUGCCUCCUAAGGUCUCUCUCCUAAAGGCUACUCAAGGCGAAGCUAUCAGAAACUACUACCAUGAUAUGCACAUUGUUCAAGACAUGCUCGUUCCGCUUCGAAGAAUCGGCGAUACUUUGGAGUGGAUUCACAGAGAGAUGGAGGUGUACCCCUUAUGGCUCUGCCCACACAGACUGUUCAAGCCUCCAAUGAAAACAAUGGUGACUCCUGAGCCAGGAUUCGAGCUCCAGCUCACACAGGGCGACACCACGUACGCUCAGAUGUACACCGACAUUGGAGUCUACUAUGCUCCGGGGCCCGUCCUGAGGGGCGAAGUUUACGAUGGCGCUCAGGCAGUUCGCAACAUGGAGAGCUGGCUUAUCGAAAUCCACGGUUUCCAACCGCAGCAUUCAGUGACAGAGAUGAAUGAGAAGGAGUUUUGGAGAAUGUUUGAUCCCGAACUUUACGAGGCAUGCCGAAAGAAGUACGGAGCGAUAGGGACGUUUAUGCACGUGUAUUACAAGUGUAAGAAGGGGAGGAAGACUGAGAAGGAAGUCCAGGAAGCUGAACAAGCUCAACCUGAAACUGCUUAUGCUGAUAUUGAGCAGCCAGCUGAGUGA